GCGGCCCCGCCCCGCCCCGCGCACAUUCUUCUGCCUUGUAAGGCCCGGCGCCGCGCCCCGCCCCGCCCCGCCCGCCAACCCACCCGAGCGACCCUCGGCCGCGGGCUCCGCACCCGGCUCCGCGCACCGAGCGAGCGAGCGCCUUCUCCGCACCAGGGAACUCCCACCUACCUGAAGCCAAGAUGUCCAGCAAACGGGCCAAGGCCAAGACCACUAAGAAGCGGCCACAGCGGGCCACAUCCAAUGUCUUCGCAAUGUUUGACCAGUCCCAGAUCCAGGAGUUUAAGGAGGCCUUCAACAUGAUCGACCAGAACCGAGAUGGCUUCAUUGACAAGGAGGACUUGCAUGACAUGCUGGCCUCGAUGGGGAAGAACCCCACAGACGAGUACCUGGAGGGCAUGAUGAGCGAGGCCCCGGGGCCCAUCAACUUCACCAUGUUCCUCACGAUGUUUGGGGAGAAGCUGAAUGGCACAGACCCCGAGGACGUGAUCCGCAAUGCCUUCGCCUGCUUCGACGAGGAGGCCUCAGGCUUCAUCCAUGAGGACCACCUUCGGGAGUUGCUCACCACCAUGGGCGACCGCUUCACAGACGAGGAGGUGGAUGAGAUGUACCGAGAGGCGCCCAUUGAUAAGAAAGGCAACUUCAACUAUGUGGAGUUCACCCGCAUCCUCAAACAUGGCGCCAAGGACAAAGACGACUAGGCCACCCCAGCCCCCGCACGCCCAGCCCCUAUCCCAGUCACCUGCUCCCCCCACACACUGUCUGCACCAACUCCAGCCCACAACCCCACAGGACCCUCUCAGGGGAUCCUCCCUCUGAGGGGUUAGGGGCCCAGCUCCCAGUGCAGGAAAUGGGCCGAGAGGGCACAGUGGCAGGCAAGGGGCACACAGCCAAUGUAACACAGGUGACCUUGCAAGAAAGGACAUCUUCUAGGGAGUUGGGCCAGAGGGCUGGACCUGGCGGCACCGAGGGAAGGCCCCCUAAGAGAGCCCAGGCCUCAGCUGGUGCCUGCCCAUUCCCGGGCUGCUCCCCACAGGAAGGGCCCUGUGUCCAGGUCUGAGACACCACUGCCCCUGCACCCCCAUGCAGGGCAUGAAAGCCCUUUCCCAGCCACUGCCAAAAACACAUGAACCUCACCAAAGUCCCUUCUCAGGGGACAGGAUGCCAAGUCCCCUCCCCUACACCCUGCCCAGCCACCAGAACACACCCCCCCCACGCGGAGUGUGCUCGAGAAGACGCAUGCAGGCAGGCAGGAUCUAAUAGAAGGCUGAGCACUG